AUGGGGAAGGUAGAUGGAGGAGAUGAAGAAUCGCAGGAGGGAAACCAGGAAGGACUGGCUAUAGCAGGACUUUCAGGCGGUAAUGGUGAAUUUAUCAUUGAUUUGUGUAUGGAAAUCUCGGCAGAGAAAGCUUUGUGGGAGGAUUUUGCAGUUAUUGCAAGGAUAAUUGGCCCUAAAAUGUCCCAAAUGGAAAUCAAGAACUGGGUUUUCAAAAAUUGGGGUGAGGACAAUGUGGUUAAAUAUAUUCCAAAAGGUUUUUUUGUGGUUGUAUUUGCUCAUGAAUCUGAAAGAUGUCUGAUUUUAAAUCAAGAAAAUUGGUUUGUUAAUGGAAAUCCAAUCUAUUUACAGCCCUGGUCCCCAAAUUUCGACCCUACUCCCUUAGCGGUAUAUGACAGUCCAGUUUGGAUUCGGUUGUAUAACCUUCUGAUUGAAUAUUGGGAUGAUGUGGUGCUGGAAACAAUUGGAAGAUCCUUGGGCACUCUAUUAGAAGUAGAUGAGCAUAUUAUUGAAAACAACCUUUACAAAUUUGCUAGAAUGCGAAUCGUUGCGGUUCAAAGAAUACCAACAUAG